AUGUCGAAGGAGUCCGAGGAGAGGGAUGUGCUACGACGUCUGACGAACCUCUUGAAAUCGGCCGACGUUCUCGUGUAUCACGGAGAGUGGGUGAAGACGGUCUUGACGAACAGAUGCUUGGCGUGCGACCUGCCAAUAUCUCGAUGGCCGAUAUGCGUCGACACCUCUGAGGACGCCGACGGGUGCCGCGAUCGCGAUUCCAUGUACGAGUACGCGAGCAGAAGAUCUUGCAACGAACUUUCUGCACGAACGUCCGACGACGUGCUGGAUGAGGAGCUGUCUGUUCUCCAGGAUUACGAACGCAAGGUGCGCAGCAGGCGUCUUGUGGAAACUGUCUUGGACGCGUCCAGGUUGACGGGCACCUUUCCCGGAGGAACCAGGAAGCAGAUGCUGUCGUCCAUGCUCUGCAGGGAGGCUGCGAGACUGGGUUUCGUGUUUCCCCGUCGAAGAGAGACGGCGGAAGAACCGGCCGGAGGCGGAGGUCUCGUUCUCGAACCAGUGCCCGGCAUUCACGAUCACGUGGACGUGUACGACUUCAAGUCCUACUAUCCCAGGUUUGUCGUCGACCGGAACGUGGACGAGGCAACCGCUCUCGAAGACGGGUCCUUCGUCGACGCGAGCGUGCUCGAAGGUCUUCUGCCGUCCGUACUCAAGAGGCUGGUACGAGGACGGGACGAACGACCGGAACGGUCGGCCGCGUACAAACGGGUGGCGAACGCGUGCAUCGGAUGCCUGGCCAUCUCCGGAAGAGGUCGACUCUACAACUACGUGACGUCGAUCUGCAGGAGACAGCUGGCCAAGUUGAAGAAUUGCGCCGAACGCAAGGGGGCUCGGGUGGUUUACGGAGACACUGACUCGCUGUUCGUGAAGUUCGGGGCGAACGGCAGACCCGACUUGCAGAUGGAAUUCGAAAAAACCGUCGGCGGAAACGGAUGGCAGAAGUUCGUCCGGAGGGAGACGUACAGACGGCUGCUGCUGACGACGGCAAAGAAGAGAUACGCGUACCUGCGAGAGGACAGUACAGUCGGCACGGUCGGCAUGCUGAACGUGAGGGACGACGCGGAACCUCUAGUUUCCAAGCUGGACCGGAAGUUGGUGGAGAUCGCGCUGACGCACGACGAUCCUGCGUCGGCUUUGGAGGCCUGCGCCGGUGCGUUCGUCGAACUCGCGGACGGUCUGAAGACGACGAAGACGAUUUCGUUAUCGAGCGUUCGCCGACCGUCAAAGAAGGAAACGAACGCUCCCAAGUUCAGGAGAGCGUGUGCCGCGCUCGGUCUUUUCCGGCCGGCGCCGUACUACGUUAGACACGAGGGAGCUUCGCAGCACCCUUUGUUCGCGGCGUGUCGCAACGACUUCGUCGACGCAACAGGUCUGCUGGAUGCCCUACGAAAGAGGUGCCCGUCGAAACCGGAUAACGAAAGCGUCCUCGGCGUCCUCGCCUCCGCCUGCGGUCGUGGCGCCUCCGAUCGAUUGCGGAAGGUUCGACUCGCCGUCGAAGGAGUGCCGACCAGGCUGGCGGUUGCAGCGUCGGAGGAAGGAAAACCGGAUUGCUGUUCCACUAUCGUGACGACGUCCAUCGAAGAGGAACGAGCGACGAGAAGGGACGAGUUGGUCUUCCACAGCAAGGAUCUGGGAGUUUUCUACGGAAACUUCUCGGAAGAAGAAAAACACUUCUCUUCCCUCUACAAACGAACCGACGAAUUUCGGGUGAUUCAGCCACAACGAAUCGUGCCUCUUGGUUAUGAGAGGAACGGCGUUGCCCAUCGACCUCGUCAGUGCGGAAUCCUUGCCGUUGAAAUCGGCGACCGUCCCGGCGUACAGGCUACCCUCCGCGAAGACGGACGUUACCUUUUGGUCGACGGCGAACGGACAAUUGUACAGACCGUCCGUCGCGUUCCUUCUCCUCCAACCACUCUCCAAGUUCGACAUCUCGGCAUGAAUGCACUUCGGUUUCUGAGCGUUGGUUCCGCAGAUCAACACCUGUCUCUUAUACACAUCUAG